UCACCGCAAGAUUGAUUGGGCGCCCUGGUCAUGUGACACGGCAGCCGUGAACGCGCUUUUUCUGUUCCCGCAGGUGGAAUGGGCGGGAGCGAGCGGGGUUGCCAGGCUGACGCUGAUUGGUCGGAGGCCGAGGAGGCUGUCGGGAAGUCCUUCCGAACUGAGUGGCGGCAAAUCUGUGAGAAGGCGCCCGAUACACACACUCGGCUCUCUCCCAGGCGCCAUGGCGGCCCUCACUCCCCGCAAGAGAAAACGCAGCUCUGUCAGCUCGGACGGGCGCCAGGCUUUCUAUGGGACGCCAGUGAAGAAGCUGAUUGUUGAGUACGACGACUGCCCGUCGCCCCUGACAACACGGAACUCCAGUCGGCGUAAUAUAAGGAAGAGCCCCCCUGUGACCACAUACACAAACAUGGCCGACCCUACAGAGAAGGAGAACGUGGGGGCUUCUCCAUUAAAGUCCAACGCCGCCCGGAAGCUGGUGGUCUCGCCCAUACAAACUGCGCCAGCGCCAAAAGCUGCAUACGGAAACUCUCCCCUUACCGCUUCACCGCGGGCUGCGUCCCCAUUCAAGUCUUCCGUUUCUACGCGCUCCUUCUACAAGCGCGACAAGAUGUACGUCACCCCUCUGGACAGGAAGCUGAUCAAUGAGAGUAAAUCCUCCUUAUCAAGCGGCAACGAAAGCUCCGUAUCGUCACCUACCAGCCCAGUGGCCACAAUUGCCCCCAGGGCUAAACGGAACAAGAAGCAGCCUGGCAAGCGCAAGUCGGGCCCUAAAGGCAAGAAGACCCCACCGGGCAGUGGGAAGAAGGCAAUUAAUGUGCCAGCCCGUAAGCCCACCCCAUCUCCCCGCAGUGACAAGGGGGCAGGGGUAAAUACCCUUCCUUCUAAGUCCACCCCAUCUCCCUGCAGUGACAAGGGGGCAGGGGUAAAUACUCUUCCUUCUAAGCCCACCCCAUCUCCCCGCAGUGACAAGGGGGCAGGGGUAAAUACCCUUCCUUCUAAGUCCACCCCAUCUCCCUGCAGUGACAAGGGGGCAGGGGUAAAUACUCUUCCUUCUAAGCCCACCCCAUCUCCCCGCAGUGACAAGGGGGCAGGGGUAAAUACCCUUCCUUCUAAGCCCACCCCAUCUCCCCGCAGUGACAAGGGGGCAGGGGUAAAUACCCUUCCUUCUAAGCCCACCCCAUCUCCCCGCAGUGACAAGGGGGCAGGGGUAAAUACCCUUCCUUCUAAGCCCACCCCAGAAGUAGAGGAAAGCGCCGGUGUCCCCAGCAUGAAGACCACCUUUCUGGGGCUCAAGAUGAAGCCGAGACCAAAACUCACGGUCGGAGCAGCAUUUUUUGCAACGGGCAAGAGACCCCACUCUGCUCCCAAGAGACCGUCCCCCAAUAUCAAGUUUCCCCCAUUGGCAAAGCCGCCGAAGCAGAGCACUGUACCCAUCACCAAAGCAUUACCGCCGCACAGUGCUCUUAAAGGGGUUGUUUGUGUGGCUGAAGGGCAGAAGCAGGGGCAAGAAGGGAGGAAGGCGUGCAACGUACCCUCUGAAUCUGUGGCCAAAAAGCCUGAAAGCAACAAGGAAGUCAAACUGACGAAGGACCAUGCUGGCCAAGAGAGCCUACCUACCUCUCCAGCACAAGCAGGGACUGGCAUGCAGCGAGCGGCGCCGGACUCUCCUGUGAUAGACGAGGGUGAGGACAGCUCUGUACCAAAACCGUCCAAUAAGAAAGGUCCAACUGUCUUUCCAAUCUUCAGUACCCCUGCGGGCAAUAAGAGACCUUUGGACCUGAGAGGAGACCUGGCCUCCCCUGUGUUCUCCAGCACCCCGACUAAUGCCCCCGCUGCCCUCAGGUUCCCCAAACAGGGCAAGAAGAAGAGAGAAGGAAGGAAGGUGGCAGAGGACCAGCUCGUCAUUGAUGCAGGACAGAAGCACUUUGGGCCAAUAGCGUGCAACACGUGUGGGAUGGUCUACGCUGCGGCCAAUCUGGAGGAUGAAGCUCAGCACGUCCAGUAUCACCAGAGGCUUCUAGAGGGAAUCCGAUAUGUGGGCUGGAAGAAAGAGCGAGUUAUUACCGAAUUCUGGGAUGGAAAAAUCAUCAUGGUUUCACCGGACGACCCUAAAUACGCCCUGAAAAAGGCAGAGGAAGUUCGGGAGCUGGUGGAUUCGGAGCUGGGAUUUCAGCAGGUCUCCCUACGGUGCCCAAGCCAGACCAGAACCUACAUGUUUGUGUCCAAUGAGAAGAAGAUUGUUGGCUGUUUGAUUGCAGAGCCAAUCAGAGAGGCAUACAGAGUCCUCGCAGAACCCCCAUCUCCUCACUCGGUACAUCGGGAACCUCUAGAACGCCAUCGAGCUUGGAGGUGCUCAACCGAACCGGAACCUGCUAUAUGUGGUAUCAGCAGGAUUUGGGUGUUUGCCCUGAUGCGCAGAAAGGCCAUCGCCAGCCGAUUGGUGGAUUCAGUCAGAAGUUCCUUUAUGUACGGCUCGGUCCUUACCACGGAAGAAAUCGCCUUCUCCGACCCAACCCCCGACGGCAAGCUGUUUGCUAGCACCUACUGCAAGGUGCCGGAUUUCCUGGUCUAUAAUUUUGUCAGUUAGAAAGGAGGGAGCUGCCAUGUGUGUCGUUCCGUUGCACUUUCCCCUCUUUAACCAGCCCCUGCGCCAUAGCUAUGGGCCGUAACCCUGCCUUUAAUGCGGCACGGGAGCCGCUCAGUUUGAGUUUUAAUGUUAACUGCAAUAAAUGCAAGUUUUUGGUUUUAGUUAGCAACAAAGUAUUCCUUAAUAUAAAAGCCCCGGUGUUGCCAUGGUAACAAACCAUAACCAAUAAGGAUGGAAAUGUUUAGGGUUCCAUGUUGCAGCUGCCCAAUGGCAGGGGUUCUAUUUAUAUUUGUGCAAAUCUGUAUGUUCCGUUGUAAAUACUUCAUUGUGAUUCGUUCGUUCAAGUUGUAUUUGUUGUAUCUCUGUUUUCAUUUCCAGAAUGAGGCUCAUUAUUCACUUUGAGCCGUAAUGUUCCAGCCCAGGAAGUCCCUAAAUCUGCUUUUAAUGUGUAACAACAUAGCGGUGUCUUCCAUCAUUCUCUCAGGUUUCAUAUUAGGCCAGUUGUGUUAUAUAUCCCGGAGUUAUUUCAUUUGUGAGAACAAUCUGCGAAUCCAGUUUUAGCCGCCAUCUUGUAACAUGUACAAGUUACUUCCAACAACCUACGCAUUGGCUAUAGACCCACUGGCUGGCUAUAGACCCACUGGCUGGCUAUAGACCCACUGGCUGGCUAUAGACCCACUGGCUGGCUAUAGACCCACUGGCUGGCUAUAGACCCACUGGCUGGCUAUAGACCCACUGGCUGGCUAUAGACCCACUGGCUGGCUAUAGACCCACUGGCUGGCUAUAGACCCACUGGCUGGCUAUAGACCCACUGGCUGGCUAUAGACCCACUGGCUGGCUAUAGACCCACACAUAUGUAACACUAGGCUGCUUUUCAUGUCACAAAGGGGCUGUUCCAUCUCCAAAGUUGUUGUAAGCUCUGGGUGUGGCCUUCACAAACACGCCUGUCACAUGACUUGUGUAGGUAAAAUGGCCGAGGCCUGGGCGUUUCAGCAGCUUGUAGCCAAAGGCUUUUCAGUAAGAUGAGAGGGCGUAUAUGUGCACCUUGGGGUCCGGGGAAGAUUCGAGGUUCUUCCAUUUCAUGGAAGAAGCGCUGUUAUAUGAACACCCCCCCCCCCCCCCCCGUACUGUUCUAUGGUAUCUGAGAAGCGCUGGUUAUAGUUAAACAUUCUAAGCAAUAAAUGUUUGAAAGCUGCUUGUGUGAUUCUUCAGAAAUGAUUGUGUGGCUUCCCGCUUUAGUCUGGGGGGCGCUGGGCUGAUGUACGUCCUGCUUCGGGAGGCGCUACA